GCAGUCGUUAAGAAAUGGAACCAAAUACGAGACAGCUGGACUAGGAGUUUAAAAUCUUUGUCUGCUUCGGUGAAUGUUAAAAAAUACUGUUACCACAACCAGUUGUUGUUUUUAAAGAAAGUUUUAGACUUGCCUGAAAUACACGACAAUGCACUGAACAGAACACACGACGGUGUACUGGCUAGAACACACGACACUGCACCGGCUGUAUCACACAACGUUGCACCAGCUGGAUCACACGACGCUACAAGGGAGAGCGUUCAGCUAGAAAUGUCUAAUAUUGAAAUUAAAAUUGAGCCUGAUGCUGAAGUACCUGAACCAUCUGUUGGUGAAAAAAGACCAGCACAAGAAAAUCCCCUAAAACUCGCGAAAAGAUUUAAGAAAAGACUUGAACCAAACCAAAAUAUCAGUCACAAAACGAUACCAAUUAAUAAUCAGGUGAAAACUCAAAAUUCGUCAAAUGAAGAUCGCAAUUUGUACUUUUUCAAAAGCUUACUACCCUCACUAGCGUUACUAGACGAGGAUCAAGUACUCCAAUUCCAAGCAGGUGUCAUAAGUUUAAUACAAGAUAUAAAAAGUCGCCGUAACGAGUGGUCAAAUCAGCAACCGUACCCUUUUCACUAUUUGCAUCAGCCUUCCCCGAGCACGUCGAUGCAAAGCUCCUCACAUAUUGACGACGGUCAACUGUCACCAGCCGAAGACACGGAUUAUAUUUUAAAAGUAAGUGACUUGACUAAUUAAUCGACUAGGGCGAACAAGGGUUACUGUAAGACUGUAACACCCACAUGCACGCAAAAUAUGAACAUGUGGAACAGAGGGCUUAGUGUGAGUUUACAUUAAACUUCCUCACAGUGAGCGCGUUAAAAAAUAUGUAGUAGGUAUAUGAAAAUGUUAGUUCUUCAAAGUUUCCGCUAGGGGCGCUGUACAAUCCGACUUUUGAUCUAUCUAAACUCACACAGCGAGCAGAUAGACCUAUGGUAUAGAUGUAUUUCCUACUGUUUUGCCUAUGUUUAUGUAAAUAAAUAUCUUUUUUCUUCCUAUAUUGUGGUGACCAAA